GCCGGGCUCUAGCUGUGUCCAGGGGAUCAGGUGGGCGGGCGGGAGCAGCUUGUCCCCGGGAAAGGAGCGAAUUGACAGAUGUGCGGUAGGAGGUCCCUGGUCGGCCUCAUCUUCUGUACCUGCUAUCUGGCUUCUUACCUCACGAACAAGUAUGUCCUGUCUGUCUUGAAAUUUACCUACCCUACAUUAUUCCAAGGGUGGCAGACAUUCAUCGGUGGACUUUUGCUUCAUGUGUCAUGGAAGCUGGGCUGGGUGGAGAUCAACAGCAGUUCAAGAUCUAAUGUUUUGACGUGGCUUCCUGCUUCGGUGCUGUUUGUGGGUAUAAUCUAUGCUGGAUCCAGAGCCUUGUCCAGACUGGCCAUUCCUGUGUUUCUCACUUUGCAUAAUGUAGCUGAAGUUAUCAUCUGUGGCUACCAGAAGUGUUUUCGGAAGGAGAAGACAUCUCCUGUAAAGAUCUGUAGCGCCCUCUUCCUGCUGGCCGCGGCAGGGUGCCUUCCCUUCAAUGACUCCCAGUUUGAUCCAGACGGAUAUUUUUGGGCUGUAAUUCACUUCUUCUGUGUAGGAGCUUAUAAAAUACUACAGAAGUUCCAGAAACCCAGUGCACUAAGUGACAUUGACCAGCAGUAUUUAAACUAUAUAUUCAGCGUGGCGCUCCUGGCAUUUGCAUCUCAUCCCACAGGUGAUCUCUUCAGUGUCCUGGACUUCCCGUUCCUGUAUUUCUACAGAUUCCAUGGCAGCUGCUGUGCCAGUGGAUUUUUAGGAUUCUUUCUCAUGUUCAGUAUAGUGAAGCUAAAAAGCCUUCUGGCCCCAGGACAGUGUGCAGCCUGGAUUUUCGUUGCUAAGGUAAUCACAGCUGGCUUAUCGACACUGCUGUUUGAUGUGAUCCUGACCAGUGCAACUGUGGGAUGCCUCCUGCUCGGUGGACUUGGAGAGGCCUUGCUGGUUUUCUCAGAGCAGAGGGGCUCCUGAAGAAGAUAGUCAGGAAAAGGAGAUUGCCAGGUUGGUUGACACUGGGGAUCAAAGCUCUGGCCUCGUAGCUCCUUUUUGAGUGUCUCAGAAAGAGGAACAUAGGACAGUGAUGCCAGGUGGGCAGCGCCAUGGACUUGUUCCUGCCCUGACGCGGUUGAAUGCGCUGGUGAUAAUGAGGAGAGUGCUUCCUAGGGUCUGGGUCAUGCCUUCCCAUUCUGAGACCCUUCCUCAAUCAUCUUGUGGGCGUGGCUCUGCUCACCUGGACUGACCUGCAGGCCUCUGGAUACCCGGCGCCCCCCACCACUUAACACUGCUGUUAAGUGGCCCUGAAGUGUUUUGUCGUAUUUUUCUUUUCAUUAAAAAAUUGUUUUUUACUACUAUUAUUAUUAUUAUUUUGAAAUUAGGUCUUACUCUGUUGCCCAGGCUGGAGUGCAAGUAACAGGAUCAUAGCUCACUGCAGCCUUGAAUUCCUGGGUAGCUGGGACUGCAGGCAGGUAGAGAUGGGGUCUCACCUUAUUGCCCAGGCUGGUCUCAAACUCCUGGCCUCAAAUGAUCCUACCUUGGCCUCCCAAAGGCCUGGGAUUGCAGGCAUGAGCCACUGUGCUCAGCCUAAUUUUGACAGAUAAAAUGGUAUGUAUUUAUCAUGUAAAGUAUAAUGUUUUGAAGUGCGUGUACUUUGUGGAAUGGUUAAAUCUAGCUGAUUAAUGAAUGUAUUACCUCACAUAGUUAUUUCUGUUGUGAGGUUUUGUACUUUUUAUUUUGUUCUAUAUUUUUACAUCUUCGGAGUCUCUGGGGACAUCUUUUCCUUGCUGUCCCAUUGGCUCGGCCUAGAGCUCACCCCACCUAUGUACAAGCACACAGAGACUUGCUUCUGAGGGCAUACAUUUGGGGCAGGGGCAGAGAUGGAGGCUGAGAGGGAAUUUUGGACCAUUUCCUGCCUCUAAACUGCCCUGGGUUCUUGUAAACCUGGCAGGAUGUGUACUGCGUUGAGUUCUGCACACACUUUUUCAUCCAUUAUUAGGUUAAGCUGGUAGUAAAUGACCACCAGAGGGAAUAGGGUUUCUAAGCACCAAUGGAUGUCAUCACUGGACAGGUGAAAAAUACCAAAAAUAUAACACACACAUGCUUUUAUGUUUAUAUUCCUUAAGGAUUUUAAUCCAUUUAAUUAUUUGAUAUCUCAGAGGAGGUUUCAAAUCAUUGAACGCUGAAGUACAUUUUUUCAGACCAGAUUAAAAAUUAGAUUAAGACGCUAGAAAGGCCAGGUGCAGUGACCCAUGUAUGAAAUCCUAGCACUUUGGAAGGCCAAGGCAGGAAGAUUGCUUGAUCCCAGGAGUUUAAGGUUGCAGGGGGCUGAUGAUGCCACUACCCUCUACCCAGGGUGACAGAGUGACGCCUGUCUCAAACAAACAAACAAAGCCUAUACUUGUCCUUGUAAGCGGCAAAGGAAAAGAACUUACAUAAAGUGGUUAUUUGAUUCUGAAUCCCCCAAGAAAGCUUAAGAAAAUAAUACUAACUCAAUAAAUAUGUCUGCUCAUAAUAGGUUUUUCAAAUAUCUUACUACUUUGUCAAAGAGUUGGUCAUUUUGAGGUGACCAGUGAGUUCCCCAAGCAGAAAGCCAGGCCCUGUAGUGUUGGGUACUCACAUCCCUGGUGGAGACUCCCCUCAGCACCCAGGAGAUGUAUCUUAAACAUUCUCAGCCCUGAGAAUAAUGUCAAGUCAGUUAGUGGCCAUAGUCCCUGCAUUUCUUCUCCAGCUUGUCAAGAAAAGAAAAAGAAAAUGAAACAAACCGGAAAGGAUUAGUAUGUUUGAGCUUGAGUACCUUAAAUACAUUCUCUCGUCUUUUCCUGGUCUCUGCUUGUCAUUUAAGGUAAAAAUCUUAAGAUUCUUGACACAUAUAUGCUUUUCAACUUGUUUUUUCUCUUCAUCUAGGAUAUCAAACUUUCUGUAGACUGAAGAUCAAAUAGAAUUUUUUUUUUUUUUUGAGACAGAGUGUCAUUUUGUCACCCUGGGUAGAGUGCUGUGGCAUCAUAGCUCACAGCAGUCUCAAACUCUUGGACUCAUGCAGGUCUCUCUCUCAGCCUCUCAAGUAGCUGGGACUGCAGGCUCCCGCAACACCCAGUUAGUUUCUUUCUUUAUUUUUUUUGUUAGAGACCGAGUCUUACUUUAUCACCCUCAGUAGAGUGCCAUGGUGUCACAGCUCACAGCAACCUCCAACUCCUGAGCUUAGGCGAUCCUCUUGCCUCAGCCUCCUCCUAAGUAGCUGGGACUAUAGGCGCCCGGCUAUGUUUUUGUUACCGUUUGGCCAGGGCUGAUUUUGAACGCACCACCCUCGGUUUAUGGGACCGGCGCCCUACCCACUGAGCCACAGGCGCCGCCCACUAGUUUCUAUUUUAGUAGAGAUGGUGUCUCACUCUUGCUCAGGCUGGUCUUGAACUCCUGAGCUCAAGAAGUCUAUCUGCCACAGACUUCCAGGGUGCUAGGAUUAAAGGUGUGAGCCACUGAACUUGGCAUCAAAUAGAAUACUCUUUUUAGCUUCCACAAAACUCUCUACAACUAAGACCAGUUCUUCUCCACUUGCAGAAAGUGACAUCUGUCCAAAUGUCAUCUUACGCCUGUCUUCCCAAGUGCCAUUUAAGCAAGUGGAGGUUCCUAAGGCUGGAAGGAACCAGCAGUUAUCAGGCCCCAUCCUGCUUCCCGCAGGACUGACCUUGAAAACUUUCGCUGAAAGGUUUUAGAUCUUUUUUUUUUUUUUUUUUUUUUAAAGAUCUCUAGUAAGGAUGUUUUUGUUGGUUUUUGAAUCAUGUUCCAAAUCCUGUUGUUUUUAAAAUCUCAAGUCUUUUCCUGCUUUGACACCCAGCAAGUGGCAGAGAGAAUAAAUGAGGUGUUUCUUCAGCGAUCCUGCUUCUUUCUGUUUCUAUCUGUUCUUAGGCUUUUUUUUUUCCUUUAAGCUUUAACUUAACCAUCUUUUAUGCCCAACUUUGUGUGCUGGGCUGAAUGCAAGUGAGCCCAGAGGUCUGAAGGACAGGGCAGCCCCCAUCACUGUGGUCCUCCAGCUCUUGUUUUCUGGGCAGAGAGUUACCAGGUAAUCCGCACACUCCUUUUACCCCCAUGUCCUGUUUGGGACCCAAUUACCGGAGUAAUCUUGCUGGCCCCUAGUCAGAGCCAGGGUGUUUGGGGUUUAUUUUAUUUAUACAAAUGAAGAAUAUGCUUUCUGUCAGGAGAGACAAGGUGUUACAUGAUGAUGAUUAUUAAUUUGCUAUGGGUAGAAAGACAAAGAAACCAUUUAUUUUCUUGGUAAUUUGUCUUUCUUUCUGUUCUCUUCAAUCCCAGCAGGGGAGUAUUGCAGAAAAGGGUGCUAUUAUCUCUGGGGAGGGAGUUUUUAUACCCUUAACCCCACCCAGACUCCUCCUACCCAUGUCCAGGCCACAGGGAAGGGCCCACCCCGUGCCUUCUCGACCUGGGCUGUCCCGCGCAGGUCCCACUGGUCACCUGUGCCUAUUGAGUACUAAAAGGUGGUUGGCCCCCAAAUCAGAUGUGUUAUCAAUGUAAAGUACAUACCAGUUAUUAAGGCUUAAUAUUUUUAAAAAUGUAAAAUAGCUCAUAAUAUUUUUCUAUUCAUUUCAUGUUGAAAUAAUAUGUUUUUUAUAUUGGGUUAAAUAAAAUAUAAUAUCAGAAUGAAUUUCUCCUAUUUCUUUUUAUAUUUUUUAAUGUGGCACCACUUGAAAAUUUUAAUUUACAUGUGCGCUGAUCUGGGACAGUUCACCUACACUGGGUCCAGGGGAGAAGA